CAAGGCUGUGUACUCAUCUUGAGGCUUCGACGAGAACAAGAUGCAUUCUAAAGUUGCUUUGGUAGUGUUGGGUUUGGCUGCCGUUGUUGCAGCUGACAGCUUCGAGAGCUUCGAGAGAUAUUCCUACGCUCCACCCAGGCCAAGGGCAAGAUUCUCCUCAGGAUCCGAUGAGUCCUACGAGUCCAGCGAGGCUCGUUACAACUUCAACUGGGCCGUCAACCACGCCCCCUCCCGCAACGACUUCGGACACCAGGAGCAACGCGACGGAGACGACACCCAGGGAUCAUACUACGUCCAGCUCCCCGACGGCCGCCUGCAGAGGGUCGCCUACCGCGUCGAUGGUGACGACGGAUACGUCGCCGAAGUCACUUACCAGGGAGAGGCUCGCUUCCCCGACUCAGACGAGUCCUUCGAGUCCCGCGAGAUCCCCAGGUAUGCCGCUCCAAGGAGGUCCUACUUCGACUCCAACGAAUCCAAGUAGAUCUUGGACAAGGAUCUCGGUGAUGCUCCUGCUGAAGAAAUUCCACGUCGAUGAGAUCCACCUCUGGGUCUUCGAUGUUGUAUUUAUUUAUAAUUUAUGUGUAAAUAAAGUAAAAUUGAUUUAAAAA